GUGAAGAACGAAGAACACGAACGUCGGCGACUGAGGUCUGAGCUGAAGUUGGGAUCUUAAAAUCAUCAAGAAACCAUUUUCUUCACAUUUCCGUGUUUGUCCUGCUUGUGAGUGGUCAUUUCAAAAAAAUCUGCUGGCCCCAUCACCUUGCAAGAAAUUGUGACAAUUGGACAUAUUUUUUUAAAGCAAAAUCAGGAUAUUUGGAGAGCCAUAUUUCUUCCCUCGAUCAUCUUUCCAUAAUGUCUAGACCCAUACCAAGGAUAGAGUAUGAAGACUACAAUGAAUCACCAACUGAAAAGCUGAAAAGGAAAGUUAUUGCUGAUCCAUAUGUUCCUGUUGGUAUCCUUGGUUUCUGCGGAGCCUUAGCAUGGGGUGCCUACUCGUACAAGAGCCGUGGUAACACAUCUACUUCCAUCUUCCUAAUGAGACUUCGAGUGGUAGCCCAGACUUGUGUCGUUGGAGCAAUGGCUGUAGGAGCAGGAGUGACAAUGAUGAAGAGCUUUUCCUCAGAAAAGAAAUCAUAAAUCCUAUCAGAGACAGUAUGAUACAUAUUAAUGCCAAAUUGAGGAAUAGGAAAAGGAGACAAAGCUUCAUUUGUGUCACCUUGUAAUUCAGAUGUCAGCCUUUGCAUUUUUCUUGAAUGUGUUUGAGGCCUUCAUAUAUACUUUUAAUUACAUGUACAUGUAAAGGCUCACAUCCCCAGCUCACAUUCUUAACUCGCUUUAGCACUAAAAAAAUACAUUUGGCCCACUUUACUGUUAUUGGUUGCCAAUAUUUUUUUAAGUUAAAAGAAUAUGAGCUGUUAAAAUUAUCAAAUUGAAGGUUUUUGUUCCUUCAUGACUCGUCUAUUUAAAAGAACAAAUGAAAGAUAUCUAGCUUUCAGAUGCACAUUCGCCAUUUAUAGCAUAGCUUUUAAAAUGUCCUUGAGAGAUCAAAGGUAGUGAGCUAAGAUGUUUUUAAGAUCUGCUAAAUACAUAUUUAUUCUAUUUUAUGCUGUGACAGCAAUAUGAAAAAAAAUAUUUUGUAAUAAUGACAAAAGGAAUUUGGUUGCUGCUAUUUAUGAAUGUUUAUGAUUUAGAAACCAAUAUAAAUCGUCUCCUAAAAUUUGUGUUUAAUUUGCAAUUGACAUCUUGUGGAAAUAUGCUUCGAUGUAAAAUUUGUAAGCACAAAUUAUUUCAUUUUACUAGAUAAAUAUUUUGGGUCAAUAAUCUUUCAAUCUUUCUGGAUCAUUUAAAGAAGGAUGUUAGGCUGACUUUUAGGGGUUGGUUCAUUUUUUAUUCUAGUUCGUUUUGUUGUACUUUGGUUCCUCUUCAUGCAAAUCUUUGCAGGGAAAAUCCAUAAACAAGAGGAUAUGGAAGCAUUACUAAAUAUAGUCUUCUCUUGCCAGAACUAUAUGUUUCCUGUUAAAGUUGCAUGAUAAUAUUGAAACAUUGUGAUAUUGAAACUUUAGUAAAUGGACAAAGUUGGGUCCAUGACAUUGUCUAUCAAUAUUGUACACUUUAUUGAGGUUUUAAUGUGUUUCUUAUCAGACAAUAUAUCUGCCUGGAAAUGCUAUAAAGAAGAGACACUAUUCAUCAUUUCAUCAAUACAAUUCACCAAGGUCUGUGGAAAAGAGUGAUAAAAAUGUCAUCCCAAUACCAAUAUUUUAUCCCCCCCCCCCCCCCCCCUCUUCUUAAUUCUGUAAGUCUCAGCUGAAAAGUAGUAUGUGAACAUUACUUGGCAGUGUUUGGCAUUUAUUCAUUGGGGGUGAUGAUAUGUUGCUGUAUAUAUAUAUAUUUCUUUACAGUUUAUGAUAAUGUGUAAUAUCUUUCAGCUUUACUUCCUGACAUUGUCACCAAUAGGAUGUGAAGAAUAACUCAAAUAAGCUUCCUGAAGUAGCCUAUAUUGAAAUUAUAUAUUGUACUCAUACUAAAGCAUAAAAUAUUUCCCUAAAACACAUUUCAACUCUAAAAAGACAAAGACUGAAUUAUUUUUUAAUCCUAACAAGAUGGGGGCCCUCUUAAAAGUCUUUUAAAAAGUUGUGCAAAACUUAAAAGAAAAAAAAGUCAUGUAAUGAUGUAACUUGAAGUUGACA